AUGUUGACAGGACAAAAUGCUGAAACGUGGCAGAAAGGUAUUAAUAGUGAAGGCAAGCAAACAGGGCCUGCAGGGAGGCUUCCCAGCAGGGAGGCUGCUGACGGUGGCCCUUUGUCAGAAUCAGGAGACCCUCAGCCCAGAAGCUCAGAAGCAGCUGUGCCUUCAGGAUGCCUACCUCAACUGUAUGAGAAUGUCUUCUUCAGAGGCGGGGAUGUGACGGCCAUGUACACCCCGAGUGCCCAUCACUGCCAGGUCAUGUGCACCUUUCUCCCCAGGUGUUUGCUAUUCAGUUUUCUCCCUGCAAGUUUAACUAACGGCACAGAUAAAAGGUUUGGUUGCUUCUGGAAAGACAGUGUUACAGGAGCUCUGCCAAGAGUGCCAUGGAGAAGUGCAAUUUCUGGACAUUCCUUAAAGCAAUGUGGUCAUCGAAUAAGUGUUUGCCAUAGCGACAUUUAUGAAAGAAUUGAUAUGAGAGGAGUCAAUUUUAAUGUGUCUAAAGUUGAAAGUGUUGAAGAAUGCCAAAAAAGGUGCACCAAUAACAUUCACUGCAAAUUUUUCACCUACGCCAGGCAAACAUUUCACAAUGUGGAGUACCGGAACAACUGCCUAUUAAAGCACAGUCCAUCCGGAACACCAACCAGUAUAAAGGUGCUGAAAAACGUGGCAUCUGGAUUCUCCCUAAAGUCCUGUGCACUCUCAGAAACUGGCUGCCACAUGAACAUGUUCCAACGUAUGGCAUUUUCCGAUGUGGACGUUGCCAGAGUCAUCACUCCAGAUGUUUUUGUCUGUCGAACCAUUUGCACCUAUCACCCCAACUGCCUCUUCUUCACUUUCUAUACCAAUGCCUGGAAUGUAGAAUCGCAAAGGAGAAAACGGUUGGCAGUAAAAGUCUUUUAUCUGCGGCCCUUUGGUAUUGAUAAUCCUAUGGGGCCUUUGAACAGUGCUGGCAGGGUCACCACUGGGCUUUUGUGGUGUGUAAGCCACAAGGGCAUGCUCAUGGAUCUGCCCAUUCCUGGAGAUACCUGCUUUGAAUUCACCAACACCAGCAGCAACAAUCAGGACAGCACAGUCAGCCUGAGAUGUGCCUGUAAUCCUGUUUUUGGUGAAGUCUCUGUGUUCUGUGGAAUCAAGGGUGGUCACAUAAUACUUGCUGGUCUUGAAUUUCCACAGGGAGACAUCAAUGACGAUAUCAUGCUCGCGUUCAGCUUUCAGUUUAUCUGA